GGCCGGCCUUGCAGGGCAUCGGUAUUUCUGAUACUGGUGAAGUGAAUGGUGAUAAUCAAGUGCGUUUGGCUAUCAAUUGCUGUUGCAUGCCUAGAUGUAGUGUUGGCAAUACUGGGGCGUACAUUGGCAUGCAUGCGCCACCCAACUCUCGUCUAUUCAUCGAGUUACAUCUUUAUCAUGACCCUGGGACAGCUGUCUCCUCACCCACACAACAUCGAGAAGCCAUUUUGUCAUCCUCAGAGGAGAUUUGAGUUCGUUAUGGCAGUUCUUACUAUAUUUGCGAUUCUUGUCGGCGUAAUUGUGUUUUUCAUGCUCGUCGCUGGAGUGGUGGGCUUGGUAAAAGCACGCAACAACAGAGCAAGAUAUGGACCACGAGCAGCAGCGCCAGGAAGACCCAGGCAGACUCGGACGAAAGGAAUUGCGCUGGCAGUUCUGGACAGCAUUCCGAUCGUCAAGUUUGGUGCUAAGAGCAAGCAGUCGGACGUCGUGCCGAAAGAUGUCGAGUUGGGAGAAAGAAAGAGUACUGUGAACGAAGAGCCGACGAUUGCGUCAGAGGCGAGAGCGACAAGGAAACUAGAUGAGGAUGAGCGAGUCGAGUCAAUUAAUAUUGAUCAGUCAUCUAAGAUCGCUUUCCAGGCUACUGUCGAUGAAAAUCAGUGUGCAAUCUGUAUAUCAGACUUUGUCGCAGAUGAAGAAGUUCGCGUCUUGCCCUGCAACCAUCGUUACCAUCCCGAGUGUAUCGACCCUUGGCUUCUAAACAUUUCCGGAACCUGUCCUAUAUGUCGAUACGAUCUUCGACCUAACGAUCCAAAUGCAGAAAACACUGAAGACAUUUCAAUUCCAGAGCAGCCUUAUGUUCCAGUCUCAAGCCCUAUUGGCUAUAUCCGGGCUGAAGCUUUGCGACAAGAAGCUGCUCGUCUUGAAGCCUUUGCAAAUCCAAUAGAUGCUACCACUCCUGCCGCCUCCCCAAUAAGUCCGAGAGAAAGAAUGUCUAUUCGAUCUCGUCUGAGAGAGAUUCGUCAAGCGUCACAUACUGGCCCAGAGUACGUUGCUGCACUGGGCAACUUUUACCGGGAUCGUGAGAAUCGGCGUCCGAGUAUGGAAGCUCAACGUGUUGCUUUAUGAAUGUUUGAUGGGAGUUAGGAUCGGAGAGAGAGUUUCAUUGGUUGCGGCGGGGGACAAGUUAUUGUAACUGUAUUUGAUCCGAAUUUAUGGCUGAUACGACGAUUGGAGCUGGGGCGAAUGGGCAAGAUUCUUCCUGUACGAUAUUGAGAGGUGGACCUAAAACGCUACGUUGGGAUGAUCGUCUCGUUGGCGUCAGGGGCUGAAGAUUGGUAUAUGACGAAUUACUCGAACAAAAUAUUUUGAACAAACUUGCUUGUGGCAUGCCAGCGUAGACUUUUGGUCAGUUACUUACAGCUUAUCCAGGGGGGUUUGGCGUGGUAGAUGUUAGCCAUUUGUUUACCUCGCGCACAACGUGGGAAAAAACAAUAGUUCAUGAC